GAGCGCGCACACGUGACCCCAGGUGGGGCGCUGGUCGCGUCGGGAGUUAUCUUACUCUUCUCUUUUAACUUCUUCAUCUUUUUACCCCCGAUCGUGUGUAACGCAAGUGCAAUAAGACCAGAGAAGAUUUCAUUAAUUCCCCAGACGCCAGCGCUUGAGACUUCUUAAGCACUCAAGUACCAGAUGCCUGAAAUGACUCUGAACUAACCAGCUCCGGAGUGCAAUGAUAACCGGCUGCCAUGCGCCGGGAGCGACAGCCGGACGUCUGUUAGACUUUUCUGGUUGACAUGGAGUAGCUCAUGCCUCCCCGCCUUACGAGGUACAUAUUGCUAGAAUGCUGCUUCGAUGAAGACGCUGAGGCGCGGGGAGGAUCGUUUGCUCAAAAUCACAGAAUGAGGAAAAGGCAAGACUAAGAGCCGAGUCACUUUCUCGACACAAUAAUUGCGAUAACCGUUUUGUCACCGGACAGGGUCCGAGGAGGGUCCAAAACUGAGAUACAAACCAAACCCACCGUACCUAUAGAAUGUUUGCAGGUUCGCUGACCCCUGUCUGGAAAAAAGAAUUCUUAGAACUGGUCAGAAGGAAGCACGGAGAUUUAUCAGGAAGAGGUUAAAUGGUGAACGCUCAGACAUUGUGCAGGCUCUCAAGAGAGGAGGGGUCCCUUACUUCCUCGAACUGGGAUCAUUUAUGUUUUUCUUGGGGGAGGGCAUAAUAGAAGGCCCACCCCCCAGAGGGUACUGGCCCAUAUUACAGGCCACGCAGCAGACAUGAUGAACAUCAAGGCUUUCACGCUGGUCUCCGCCGUCGAGCGGGAGCUGCUGAUGGGCGACAAAGAGCGCGUUAACAUCGAGUGCGUGGAGUGCUGUGGCCGGAACCUCUACGUGGGCACCAGCGACUGCUUCGUCUACCACUUCCUGUUGGAGGAGAAGGCACUGCCCGCGGGCACUGCCGCCUUCAAGGCGACCAAGCAGCUGCACAGACACCUGGGGUUCAAGAAGCCUGUGAGCGAGCUGCGCGCGGCCUCGGCCCUCGACAGGCUGCUGGUGCUCUGCGACAGCUGCAUCUCCCUGGUGGGCAUGCGCAGCCUGGAGCCCGUGCCCUCGGGGGCGCGCAUCAAGGGGGCCUCCACCUUCGCUCUCAACGAGAACCCCGUGGGCGGGGACCCAUUCUGCGUGGAGGUCUGCAUCCUCUCAGUCAAGCGCAGAACCAUCCAGGUGUUCCUGGUCUAUGAGGACCGCGUGCAGAUCGUCAAGGAGGUGUCCACGCCGGAGCAGCCCCUGGCCGUGGCUGUGGAUGGCCACUUCCUGUGCCUGGCCCUGAGCACACAGUACAUCAUCCUCAACUACAGCACGGGCCUCUCGCAGGACCUGUUUCCUUACUGCAGCGAGGAGAAGCGGCCGAUCGUCAAGAGGAUCGGUCGGCAGGAGUUCCUGCUGGCUGGCCCAGGCGGCCUGGGCAUGUUCGCCACCGUCGCCGGGAUCUCGCAGCGGGCCCCCGUGCACUGGUCAGAGAACGUGAUCGGGGCGGCCGUGUGCUUCCCGUACGUGCUUGCGCUGGACAGCGAGUUCAUCACCGUGCACAGCAUGCUGGACCAGCAGCAGAAGCAGACGCUGCCCUUCAGGGAGGGCCACAUCCUGCAGGACUGCGAAGGAAGAGUGAUCGUUGCCACGAGUAAAGGAGUCUACAUCUUGGUCCCAUUACCUCUGGAAAGACAAAUACAGGACCUGCUGGCCAGCCGCAGAGUGGAGGAGGCUUUGGUCUUGGCGAGAGGAGCCCGGAGGAACAUUCCAAAGGAGAAAUUUCAGGUGAUGUACAGAAGGGUUCUACAGCAGGCCGGCUUCAUCCAGUUUGCUCAGCUUCAGUUCCUGGAAGCUAAAGAGCUCUUCAGAAGCGGGCAGCUUGAUGUUCGGGAGCUGAUCUCCCUACACCCCUUCCUGCUGCCCACCUCCUCCUCCUUCACCCGCGCUCACCCUCCGCUCCACGAGUACGCAGACCUGAACCAGCUGACGCAGGGCGACCAGGAGAAGAUGGCCAAGUGCAAGCGCUUCCUCAUGAACUACCUGAACGAGGUGCGCAGCACCGAGGUGACCAACGGUUACAAGGAGGACAUCGACACGGCCCUGCUCAAGCUGUACGCCGAGGCCGACCAUGACAGCCUGCUGGACCUCCUCGUCACCGAGAACUUCUGCCUUCUGACGGACAGCGCGGCCUGGCUGGAGAAGCACAGAAAGUAUUUUGCACUGGGGCUGCUGUACCACUACAAUAACCAGGACGCCGCUGCGGUUCAGCUGUGGGUGAACAUCGUGAAUGGAGACGUCCAGGACGCCACGCGCGCAGACCUGUAUGAGUACGUCGUGGAUUUCCUCACCUCCUGCCCGGACCAGCAGCUGGUGUGGACCUAUGCUGACUGGAUGCUGCAGAGGAGCGAGGAGGUUGGAGUUCAAGUCUUCACCAAGAGACCGCUGGAUGAGCAGCAGAAGAAUAGUUUCAAUCCAGACGAUGUCAUCGGCUGCCUCAAGAAGUAUCCUAAAGCCCUGGUCAAAUACCUGGAGCAUCUCGUGGUGGAUAGGAGCGUGCAGAAAGAAGAGUACCAUACUCACCUGGCUGUCCUCUACCUGGAGGAGGUGCUGCGGCAGAGAGCGGCCUCCAGCUGCAGCAACACCACGGCCACCGAGACGCAGACCAAGCUGCGGCGCCUGCUCCAGAAAUCUGACCUAUACCGGGUGCACUUCCUGAUAGAGCGGAUCCGGGGCGCCGGGCUGCCCGUGGAACGCGCCAUCCUGCACGGGAAGCUGGGCGAACACGAGCAGGCUCUGCAGGUCCUGGUGCAUGAGCUUGGGGACACGGCGGCGGCAGAGGACUACUGCCUGUGGAGCUCUGAGGGCCGGGACGCCGCCUGCCGCCAGCGCCUCUUCCACACGCUGCUCACCAUGUACCUGCAGGCCGGGCCCGUGGCCCCCGAGCUCGCCAUGGCUGCCGUGGACCUGCUCAACCGCCACGCCGUGGAGUUUGACGCCGCCCAGGUGCUGCAGCUGCUGCCUGGCUCCUGGUCGGUGCAGCUGCUCCGCCCGUUCCUCACCGGCGCGGUGCGGGGCAGCAUCCACGCCAGGAGGACUGUGCAGGUGGCGCUCGGCCUGGCCAGGUCGGAAAACCUGCUGUAUGCAGCUGAUAAGAUGAAGCUGAGAGGCAGCGCCAUCCGGCUGUCAGACCAGAAGCUCUGCCAGCUGUGCCAGCACCCCUUCGCGGAGCCCGCAUUCGUCCGGUACCCAAAUGGGGGGCUUGUGCACCCCCACUGUGCUGCCAGCAGACACAGGGCCCCCAGCUCCCCCAGCCCUGGCACUCGGACUUGAAGAGCUGGGCUCGAGGCCGCAAGGGUGACUGAGUUCUCUUCCGAGUCUGCCGGACACAGAGCAGGCUGCCACGGGCCGGUGCGGGCCCAGGGGGGUGGCGUUGGGUGCCAGGAGUCAUCUGUGCCGAGAGCCAGCCCCUCCCUGCGGGCGCUCUGUGUGAGCAUAAACGCGACCCUGAGACGCUGGCUGGAGGCAGACGGGGUGGGGGGUUUGCUGGGCGGUGCAGUCAUCCACAGCGAAGUGAGGGGCCUUCCGUGGGGUACUGAUGCCACGCCGCAGUGGAGGGCUCUGUGGGGCCCGUCUCCACCGGGGGCUCUGCCUUCGCCUGUGCUCGGCUGGCCUCGGGGACGUGGUGUGUGUUCCUUCUUCCCCCGGCUCCUGCCUUGUCACCCAGCACGCCUGUGCUUCUGGCUGCCUGGUGAACGGGGCUGUGUGUGGGACCUGCCGAAGCCCCAGGGCAGCCGCUCGCCCGUCCUGAGGAGCAGCGGUGGGGCACCUCGGGCAGCUGGGCAGCCCUGUGUCCCUCAGCCUCGGCCUGUGGAAGACUAGAGUGUGACCCUGCGCAGCCGGGUGUUGCAUUUGAACUUGUAGCAUCUUCGUAGUUUUUCUCCAGUUUGGAAAUUUACCUGCCGCAUUCACUAGGGAUGUCUUCCUCAGUGACACGUGCCUGCUGCUGAAGACCUGGGAACCUAAAGAGAGACCCAGUGCACAAAGUGUGCCUCACAGGAGGGCCGGGCUGCCUCUGCCUGGGGAGUGGCUCCCGGGGCGUCUGCAUGGCCCUGAGGGCAUCGGGCCGGGCUGCCUUACCUCCCUGCACCUCUGUGCCUGCCCUGAACUUGCGGAAAGCGGCCUUCUGCCCGUCACCAUGGGGGUCCCUGCAUCUCUGUGUCCGUCCCUGGAGCGCUGCAGCCACUGUCACUUCACUGCCCGCCCGUGAGCCUGUGCGUGGAUGGAGGCUGGCAUCGGCUGGCGCAGUGACGAGGGCUCAGAACACGCUCUCCACCCGCCGAGCCUCGAGGCUGCAGAACGCUUCGCCAUGCUCAGGCUCGGUUUACCUCUCAGGCUGCAAUGAGCCGAGAACAGACACAGGAAGUUCUCCCUGUUGCCGUACUUUGUACUGCAUGAGCCGUGUGGAUUCGAGGCCUGGCUGCCACUCCUGUGGAUGGACGGCUGUUACAGAGCGCAUGCCUUACCCAGGUGUCACCGGCUGGGCCUCGAAGUAGGCCUGAGGUAGGCCUGAAUUCCUCGGAGAGCAAGUUACUGUUCAUGCGAUGUUGCACUUUCGGAAACACUGUUCCUUCCCUCUGUACACAAAGUGGGUGCGGUCUUGGAAAAGGCUCCUGACUGCCUGUUUCCAGCGUGGGGACGCAGUCUCUCGGAACGCUGAGGGCUGCUCUGAAGCAAACGUCAUCCUUCCGAAGAGUGAGGGUGAGCAGCUUCCGCCCCGCCGGAGCCCGACCGGAGCGAUUCCCUGACGCCGCGCACUGACGUCUCCUGUGUGAGGAGCUGUGUUCCCUGACCUUCCUCACACCCUGGAGAGGUCUCUUGGUCAGGCCCUGUUUUUCAGAAGAAUUCUUUCUGCCAGGCUUGCUGUUCUGUGACUGUCCUUGGGCGGGGAGCGGUUAGAGCUGUCACUCAGACCUCCUCUCGCCAGGGUGCACGCAGCCGUGCACGACGUUCCGUGGGCAGGGCUGUUCAGCUUCAUGAACUGUUCACUGCUGCUGUCUACCAGGUCCUAGAGGAGGCGCUGGGGCCGUGGGCCACGGCACAGAGCUGAGAGGGCGUGGGUGGUGGCCGCAGAGGGGUGGCACGGUCACACGGACGCACUGCCAUGUGGCCCUGGCCCUGUCUUUGCUGUCCCCUGGGAACUUUUGCCCUUGCAACUUUAUCCUUUAUCUCCUUGGGUCCCAGAUAUACAAGCUGUACAAAUGUAAAAUUGUUAAUUUUAUUAAAAUUCUUUUAAUUCUU